AUGGCAGGUGACCCCUCGAAAUAUAACCAGAAUCUGUAUUGCACAUAUCACCAAGAGCCGGGUCACACCACCGAUGAUUGCAGGAAUAUGAAAAACCACUUGGACCGGCUUGUCCGAGAGGGGAAGUUGAGGCAUCUAUUACAUCACCCUGUGGGAUGGCAGGAACAAUCAAACAUCGAAACCAGGCAAAGCACAUUGAGGCCACCCAUUGGCACAAUAAAUGUCAUCCUCGUUGCACCAGGAAGGACCGGUUCCAAUCCUUUCAGAGUAAUGUCAGUGGGCAGGCUCCCGGUUGAAGCUGACGACAGGGAAUCCAAGAGGGCUAGAGCGAUGGCCACGCCCUUAAUCGGAUUCUCGGAUGAGGACAAAUUGGGAACCCUUCAACCUCACGACGAUGCCCUAGUCGUCACGCUCAGAAUUCGGGGUCACGACGUAAAGAGGGUGCUAGUUGACCAAGGCAGCGCUGUGGAAGUAAUGUAUCCCGACUUGUAUAAGGGAUUGAACCUGAAGCCAUAG